AUGGUAAUGGUGAUCGACACACUUGCAGAAACAGCUAUUUCUAACCUGUUGGGGGCUGUAACCAGUUUGUUGAAAGAGAAGGUGGACCUCAUACGGAAUGCCAAAGACGAUCUCAGAAAGCUCAAUAGGAAGCUGGAACGGUUGCAGAAGGACCUCAAAGCCACGGAUUGCAAGCCGUUUUUCAGCACUGAGCGUGACAGAGAUCUAGAGAUAGAGCUGAAGGACAUUUUCUACGAUGCACAGGACAUCAUCGAAGAAUACCAAAACAUAGUUUAUCUCAGCAAAAGGGAGAAGGAUUCUAUGACUUCAUUGAACAAGGUAAGAAAGCCCUGGAUCACUCUGUGCUCUUGCUUUAAAGAACAUGUAUCUGCUUCUUACCAACUAGGCAAUGAAAUUAAAAAGAUAAACCAAAGGCUUGAUGAAAUAGAAAACGAUAGUAAAAUGGUGGAUUUGCUCAAUACAACACCAAAAGAGAGUGGUGGUGGGGGUCCUAUUGGUGAUGAACAUAACAAUCCUCCAGAGACAACCCAUCACAUAAGUACUGCACAACCACCCAUAGGCAGGGCAAACGAUAAGGAGAAAGUAAAAGAACUAUUGUUUGAUGGCUCUACGGAGAAUAGUGUGUUAGGAAGACGUGGUGUUUCUAUUGUAUCCAUUGUAGGUCAAGGUGGGAUUGGGAAAAGUACUCUUGCAAAAAUGGUUUUUAAGGAAGCCGAAGAACAGUUCGGGAAACACAGAUGGUGGGUUUGUGUUUCAGAUAAGCCAAACCGUACAGGUUUGCUGCAAAAGAUACUAAAGGAAGUAUGCAAGGAAUCAGAAAGAGAACUUGAGGGUAUCACUUCCUUGAGUGACUUGUGCACACAAUUACAGAGUGAGCUCUCGAAGAGCAGGUUUUUGUUGGUCUUAGAUGAUGUGUGGGAAUUAGGUUGGUGGACGGGAGAGAUAGAGAACACCCUGAUGGGAGGUGCAAAGGCGAGCAAGAUUUUGAUCACCAGUAGAAAUGUUGAAGUAUCCCAAGGGAUUGGUGCUAAAAUGCAUAAAUUACCAGAAAUGACUUUCGAGGAAAGUUGGAGGUUAUUUCUGGAUGUGGCAUUGAAAGAAGAAAGUGAGUUGGUGAGUCACAAUUUGAAAGGUAUUGGGGAGAGGAUCGUGGCCAAGUGUGGUGGGUUGCCGCUUGUAAUCCAAACGGUAGGGUCCUUAAUGCGUACAAAAAGGAUGACCAAAGCUGUCUGGGAAAGCAUUGAGAAGAGUGAGAUCUGGGAAUGGAAGAUGCCUGCCUCAUCACCAUCUUCUGAAAUAUAUGGUAGCAUUCUUCCUGGUCUCAUGCUGAGCUAUGAUGGCUUGUCACAUGAUUUGAAGAAAACUGAAUAUAAGGAAAUCAAACUGCAUGACAUUUUGCAUGACCUUGCCUCGUAUAUAGGUGGAAAGGAAUAUACCCAUGCCUUUGCUACUGGGCACACCCGCCAUCUAUCACUACUUGGUGUAUAUGAUGCAGAAGCGGCCAUGAACUAUAAUGCCUUAGGAGCAGCAAAUAAGGUGCGGACAUUGUUGACUGAAUACUUGUCAUUGUUGGAAUUAACCAAUUUCAAGUGGUUGAGGAUGUUGUCGUUGAUUAGUUGUCAGAUGGAUGAGCUACCAAACUCCAUUGGAUGCCUUUCACUUCUAAAAUGUCUCGAUCUAUUCCGGUCUCAAGUGAGACGAUUGCCCAAGUCAAUUGGCAAACUCUGUAACUUGCAAACAUUGGAUUUAAGUUUUAGUCAAAUUGAAGAGUUGCCUGAGGAAAUGGGUGAACUAUGCAACUUGAGGUAUCUUGGGCUGAAAGGAACAGCGUGUUUGGAAUUCAUAGCUGAAGGCUUGGGGAAGCUUACCAAUUUACGGACCUUGCAUAAGUUUCUGGUAUGCGAUGACAAAGGGGACACAAGAGGAUGCAGUAUUGGGGAACUAAAAGACUUGAAGAAACUGAGAGGGGAAUUGUUAAUAGAAGGUUUGGGUGGGGAAAGGGUGAAAGUAAUUGAUGCAAAGAAAGCACAGCUUAAGGAGAAGCAUGAGCUAAAUGAUGUGGAAUUAAAGUUCAAGGUGGGAGAGGAUGACAAAGUGGAUAGUGCUUCUGAACACAAGAAUUUGCUAGAGGCUUUGGAACCUCCACAUGGCAUAGAGAGGUUGGGAAUUUAUGAUUAUGAAGGAGAUAGGCCUGCGUGGUUUUUGGACACCACCAACUAUGUGGAGCUGCAGACACUACGCCUAGAACGUUGCCCAUUGUUGGCAACGGUGGUAGGAAUUCAAUCAUUGGAAAAAUUGGAGGUCAGGGCCUGCCCGACAUUGUGUGAAUUGCCAAGCAUGCCUUUUCUAAAGUCAUUGGAGGUAAACGGAUGUAAUGGGCUGAAGACCCUCGCUAAUAUGCCGGCCUUGCAGUCGUUGGAGGUGGAUAAAUGUGGCAGCCUAGAGGAAAUAGCUGAGAUGCCUGCACUCAGAUCACUGUGGGUGUAUGGAUGUAAUAUGCUGAAGACUCUGGCUAAUAUGCCGGCCUUGGAGUCAUCGGAGGUGAGAGAAUGUGGCAGCCUAGAGGAAGUAGCUGAGAUGCCUACUUUGGAGUCGUUGUUCGUGAUAGAUUGUGGCAGCCUAGAGCAUGUAGCUGAGAUGCCUGCACUCAGGUCAUUGACUGUGUUCGGAUGUAAUAUGCUGAAGACUCUUGCUAACAUGCCGUCCUUGGAGUCGUUGGAGGUGGAUGAAGGUGGCAGCCUAGAGGAAAUAGCUGAGAUGCCUGCUCUCAAGUCGUUGAGGUUGUGCGGAUGUAAUGGGCUGGAGACUCUUGCUAACAUGCCUGCCUCCUUGGAGUUGCUGGAUGUGAGAGAUUGUAACGCUCUGAAGCAGCUCCCUACUCACCUUCCUUCACUUGAGGAACUGAGAGUAUGGAAUGUGGCUAACUGGGAGGGGUGGCCAGCAGCUGGAUCAGGAGAAACAACAUUUACAUCUAUGCCAUGCCUAAGAGAGGCGGAUUUUACUAAUUGUCCCAAGAUGCAGACAGAAGGCUUGAUUGAUGAGCUGGCAGGGCUUGAUGGUCAAGCGACUCAACUCCAAGAGCUGACAGUGUGUGAUUGCCCAAAUGCAAGAUUGGGAUGGAAAUUGCUUCAACAACUGCCUAACCUCAUUAAGUUAACGUUGAAUUCAGAAUCAGCAGUACUGCCAUCGGAGGUAUCAACAAUUUUACCCUCCCUCAAGGCUCUACAUUUGAAGGACAACAAUACUGGUGAGCUGAAAUGGGGAAAGGUGCCUGACUGGGUGUGGGCUCUCUCCCAACUGGAGGAAUUGUGCCUAGGAUGUUUCACUGAGGACAUCAGCUUGGGAGGCCACUGGCAAUGCCUCCUGAAACUAAGAAACCUAGAGCUUUAUGACUUCCCCAAUCUCAAAUCUCUUGUGGACGUCAAUAAUAUUACUCCCCAACAAAAAGAAACAUGUCCCACCUAUGCAAAGCAACGGAUUGCCUGCCUCUCGAAGCUUCAAAAGUUGUUUAUUUCCAGAUGCCCCGCACUCGAUCUGCCUCAGGAGUUGAGAGACCAUCUUGGAGAAAGGUUAAUAGAAAGAGAUGAUUAG